AUGACCUACGAAAUCAUACAUAUAUCCAGGGAAGAUCUUGUGCGGUCCUAUGUCGGAAAGUACAAAGAGUUUAGGCUUCUAUCUCUGCAAGUCGCACCUGAAGCUUUCCCAUCCAAUUACUCUACGGAAGCAGCGUUCUCAGACGAAGUAUGGUACAAACGUCUUGCAAAUCCACAUGCAGCUACAUAUUUCGCGCUUGAAAAUUCUAAAAUCAUCGGUACUGUCUCUAUGCUUGGCCCAUUGAUUUAUGGCCCAGAAGACAUGACGGUCCUUGGAAAUCCAUGGCAAGCGAUUGGUGAUAAGAAACCCAACGAACUAGCAAUUCGCCAUUAUCGAAUGAACGGAGUAUUUACUCUACCAGAUGUUCGUGGGCAAGGAGUCGGGAAAGCGCUUAUUGAAGCGGCCUUGAAAUAUGCAGGAGGUGAAGCAGCGGUGCAGGGCAAAGCGUUUGUAUGCAGUGUUGUAGUAGAGUCAGAAAAUUCUGGAGCUCGGCGAUUAUAUGAAAGGUGUGGUUUUGUGGCCACGAAAGAGGUGCCGAAUGGAGACACGGCCGUCAUACUCAUGACAACACCAGGCUAG